AUGGGAUAUCUAAUUGCUAUAGCCACGAUGAUUUUUACUAUUACGAUAAUUACAAAAGUUUGGAGAGGAUGUAUAAUUCUCUUUUGGAGGCCAUAUGCACUGACAAAGCACUUUCGAAAGCAAGGCGUGACGGGGCCACCAUCUUACUCAUUUCUUCAUGGCUCCCUGCAUGAUAUGAAAACAAUGAUGAAGGAUGCAAGAAAAACGAUUAUGGAUAAACACUCGCAUGAUAUUACUCAAAGGGUUCUUCCUCACUACCAGAUAUGGUCCUCCUUAUAUGGAGAGAGAUUUCUAUACUGGUAUGGAACAGAACCAAGAAUUUUGAUAUCUGAUGCAGAUAUGGCGAAGGAGAUUUUAUCCAAUAAAUUUGGUUUCUAUGAAAAACCAAAAGUAAGACCUUCACUAAUAACAUUGAUAGGAAAUGGGUUAGUUCUACUGAAAGGAGUGGAGUGGGUUAAGCGCAGAAGAACACUCAAUCCUGCUUUCUCCAUGGAUAAACUCAAGGUUAUGAUAAGUAGAAUGGCCGCAUGCACCAAUUCCAUGCUAGAUGAAUGGAAAAAGCAAUUAGCCAUUGAAGCAAAGAACAAAUCAUUGACAAUAGACAUGAGUGAAGAAUUUCAAGAACUAACAUGUGAUAUAAUAGCUCAUACUUCCUUCGGUACAAGCUUUGCUCAUGGAAGAGAAGUCUUUAAUGCACAAACACAGCUUCAACACCUUAUUGUAGCUUCAAGCUCUGAUGUUUUCAUUCCUGGCACUCAAUAUAUUCCUACUAGGUCAAAUUUGGAGAUAUGGAAGCUUGAUAGGAAAAUGAAGAAAUCACUGCAAUGCAUUAUUGAAAGCAGGUUGAAUUCUGAAUCAGAUAGCUCCUCAUAUGGAGAUGAUCUACUAGGCAUAAUGAUGGAUACAAAAAAUGACGGUCCUAAUAAGUUGAAUAUGAAUGAAAUCAUAGAUGAAUGCAAGACCUUUUUCUUAGCUGGUCAUGAAACUACUUCAAACUUACUUGUUUGGACUAUCUUUUUGUUGAGUUUGCAUAAAGAUUGGCAGGAGAAACUCAGACAAGAGGUCAUGCAAAUUUGUGGCAUGGAAGUUCCUGAUCCAGAUAUGCUAUCAAAGUUAAAAAUGGUGAAUAUGGUGUUGUUGGAAGCAUUAAGAUUGUAUUGUCCUGCAGUAGAACUAGAAAGAAUGGCUUCAAAAGAUAUGAAACUAGGAGAUUUGAUGAUCCCAAGAGGAACACACCUCAUGAUUCCAAUUACAAUGAUUCACAGGAGUAAAGAAUAUUGGGGUGAAGAUUCAAAUGAGUUCAAUCCAAUGAGAUUCAUAAAUGGAGUAUCUAAGGCUGCGAAACACCCAAAUGCACUACUUGCAUUUUCUAUGGGUCCAAGAAACUGCAUUGGUCAGAAUUUUGCUAUGAUGGAAGCUAAAACAGUGAUGGUUUUAAUUCUUCAGAGGUUUUCUUGGUCUCUUUCUCCUGAUUACCAACAUGCACCUGUUAACAACCUUAUUUUGCAGCCACAACAUGGUCUUCCCAUCAUCCUAAAACCAUUGCAGUUAUAA